AAGAACUUUACAAUAUUCGUUUGUACGAGCAUAAUGUAUUUGAACAUUUAUUUAAUGGCAGUAUAGGUGCACCAGUUAUUGAGAAGUUACAAAAUGGUGCUAAAGUUGCCCUUGAAUAUCCAAAUUCAGAUUUCUACGGUGCUGAUAUCUUUACACCAAAGUCUUAUGGAAAUAUUACAUUUGUUGAAUGCAAUAUUUUCGAAAGAUUGCCGUUUCCUGAUGAAGAGUUUGAUUAUGUUUAUUCCAGAAAUGGUUUUCACUUUUUUAGAAAUGAUACGUUUCAAGGGUUUUUGUCAGAGAUCCUUCGAAUAUUAAAGCCUGGUGGUUGGUUUGAAGUUACACUAACAUCUAAACAUGUUUUUGAUGGCGGGCCGGCCUUUUCAUUUUGGAAUUCUUCUUGGUUUUGGUGGUUUAAAUCAAAUAAUAUUAAUACGGAUUUCAUAAUAUACCUCGAGGAUUACCUUCAAAAGACUCAAAAAAUUGAAUGUAUAGAACAUCAAACAGUAAAAAUUUUUAUGGGAAAUGGCAAUCAUGAAAUUGGAGAGUUUUCAGGAGAAGUUUUUUUAUUUUUGUUAAAAGAAUUGAAAGAAAUUUUACUGCCUUUUAUUGGAAUUUCAAGCACAAAAUAUCAAGACUUAGUGAAAGAAAUUGAAAUAGAAUUUAAAAGCGGAAAAAGCAAGUCUUAUUUUUAUGGUCAUAGAAUAUUUGGAAAAAAGAAGGAUCUUGAGAAAUUGAUUUAUUGA